GCCAAAUUUUUCCACGUAGAAUGAUGAAGUACAUGUUGUCACAGUUACACCUAAGUGGCAAAGUACCUAUUUAUCCUAUUAGUGCAUCCACUAAACGUAUCUAUACAUAGCUAGUCGGCAUGUAUGCAAUACGCACACAUCUCAUGCACACCUGUUGAAAAACAAUGUAAACAGCAGCCGAAAAAAACCGCUGAACUUUACGAGGAGUUCGACGUAAGAGAUAAUUAAUAUUAUACAUAGUUCAUUAUUCCUUAUUAGUACAGUAUCGUAAAAUAACCACCGCCGACACGACGCGACGACGUACGGCGGCGGCGGCGGUAAUCAACAGCAAUCGGCCGUUGCCGCCGACCGUCCGUUCCGUACUUCCACCCCAUUUGCGGGAGUCCGGCGGUGGUGGGAACGAAUUAGGCGGGGCCACCGGACCCCUCGCGCCCGCCCGCCCACCGUCGGACGAGCCGCGAUCCGCCGAGCCGGUUUCCGAAAAUCCGGCAAAAAUAAUAAUAUUAUCGCAGUGCCAUCCGUACCCGUCGGCCGUGCGCACAUUUCUUUCUCCGCUACCGUCGUGAAGAAAAAAAAAAACACUUGAGAAAAAUAUAACCUUUAAACGCCGCAGUGGUCGUUAUCGUCGUCGUCGUCGUCGUCGUUCGUCUACUCCCGUCGAGAGGGAAUAUAAAUUGAUCACACGCCGCGCCACGCCGGCCGAACUUUGACUUGCACAGUUGCACUGCUUGCACUCCGCUCGCACUGUCUUUCGUUCCGCCGAUCGUCGUCCCGCGACUCGCCGGUCCCGCGCGCACCGGCGUAUUUUAUUUCGAUAAACGAUUUAAAUAUUACGCGAUAUUUUAUCGUAUAUUAUUAUUAUUAUUUACUUAAUAUUAUCAUUAUCACUGUUAUUAUUAUUAUAAUCGUCAUAGUAAUAAAAUCGUACGUAUAAUAUUAUUAAUACUAUACGAUAGUGUGUCGGGUUUUCUACGAACCGUUUUUGACGCACAUUUACAUGGUGUCCUAUGAAAGUCCGAUGGCGCACGUAUUGGGGACCAACAACCUCGACUCGGCUGAGCCUUUCAAGUCCGACCUCGAAGAUAAUAUGGACCUGAAGGUGAACGUAAAAGACUAUUGGGUCCAUUUCGCGCUGAACGCACUUCUAGACCGAUUCAACAUCACUAAAGUGCCGAGAACCGAAGAAGAAGUGCGCACGGUGUUCCUCGAGUGCAACAAUCUCCUGCAGUACGAACUCACCCAGCAGCAGCUGCGGGGCAUCACCGCGUCCACGGACAACGUCCUCAUGCAGGUCGUACACCAAGUGUUCGACCUACACCCCGAAUGGCUGGACCAGCGGAACAACAAUCAACCGCCGGCAAUCGUGGCGGCGCCGGCCAGCAGCGGCGGCGGCGGCGGCGGCGACGACGAGACGUCGUCGGUGGCGUCUUCCGCCUCGUCGUCCAACCCGCCGUCGUCGUCGCGCCCGCGCCAAACGCGGCCGUUCAAGUGCAACUCAUGCGGCAAAGAGUUCGGCUACAAGCACGUGCUGCAGAACCACGAACGCACGCACACCGGCGAAAAGCCGUUCGUGUGUUCGGUGUGUAACAAGUGUUUCACCCGGGACCAUCAUCUCAAGACGCACGUCAGGCUGCACACCGGCGAAAAGCCGUUCUGGUGUCCGCACUGCAAUAGGUUUUUCGUGCAGGUGGCCAACUUGCGCAGACACCUCAAGACCCACACCGGCGAGACCACCUACCCGUGCGAGUACUGUGUCGCGUUUUUCGAGACGGCCGCCGAGCUGAAGGAACACAAACGACAGCACAAGGAGAACAACAAGCCCCGCGGCGUGGUGAAAAAGCGUUGCCGCGUGGCCGCCGCCGUCGCGCAACCGGCCGCCGAGCCGUCCACUCCGGUGCCGUCGUGGACGCCGGCCACGCACGGUUCGCCGUCACAGUCUCCUCCGCUGCCGUCCGCGCCCGCCAGCAAUUGCUGGAAUUCGCCGCCGCCCCAACCCGCGGUGUACGCGCAGAAAAAUCAACCGCGAGCCGCCGUCACGUCGCCCACGGGCGGCCCGUCCAUCGAACCGUUUCAUUAUCUACAGUUCAUCGCCCGGUUCCAAUCGCCCGAACGGACCGGCGAACCUUUCGUCAAGUUCGAGUCGCCCGAACAGACCGAGCCCGAAGACCUUUCCGUCAAAUCCGACAACAAAAUGAUCGUCGACGUUGCCAUGGAUCUCACGUGUAAAUAGCUUUUAUUAUAUUUUAUACUAUAAACAUUUCAGGAAAAUAAUGAAAAGGAAAAAAAACAAUCAAAUAAAAAUAAUAUACAACCAUACAUAUUAUUAUAUACAAUAUGUUUAUUUUAUGUCCGACGUAAAAAAUUACCAUUUUGAAUUAAAAUUUACAAUUAUUAAUGUUUUAUUAUUUUUUUUUUUUUUUUG